AUGCAGACUCGUUCCAAGAAUAAUAUUAUCAAACCAAUAAAGAAGCUUACUCUCACUGCUUCUCUCCUCAAAUCACCAGCCUGCGAACCACGCACUAUUCAACAAGCUCUCAAGGAUAAACGUUGGUGUCCAGCAGCUACUACUGAGUUUGAUGCGAUGAUGCAGAACAGAACUUGGGAUCUUGUUCCUCCUCACCCAACACAAAAUUUGGUCUCUUGUCGUUGGAUCUUUACAACAAAGUACUUGCCUAAUGUCACAGGAAACGACAAUAACGUUAUUGCAAGAGUUCUCCACUCCCUUGCUGAUCGUUUCCCCAUCAAAGACCCAACAGACCUUCAUUACUUCCUUGGUAUUGAAGCAACUCGAACCAAGAAAGGUCUCCAUCUGAUGCAGCGCAGAUACAUCCUUGAUCUUCUCGCCAAAAACAACAUGACUGAGGCUAAGCAGGUCUCUACUCCUCUGCCAUCCUCUCCUAAGCUCACACUGGCCAGUGGUAUUCCUCUUCAAGACCCAAGCCAAUAUCGCUCAGUGGUAGGAAGCUUACAAUAUCUUGCCUUCACAAGACCGGAUAUCACGUAUGCUGUCAACCGUUUAUCUCAAUUCAUGCACAAACCUACAGAUGAACAUUGGCAAGGAGCAAAGCGAGUUCUUCGUUAUCUCGCUGGAACACCUUCUCAUGGUCUUUUCCUCCAGCGACAUUCGCCAAUGACACUACAUGGCUUCAGCGAUGCAGACUGGGCAGGAGAUACACAUGAUUACGUAUCAACUAAUGCCUAUGUUGUCUACCUUGGCAUUAACCCUAUUUCUUGGUCAUCAAAGAAGCAAAAUGGUGGCGCCUGCUCGUCCACAGAGGCUGAGUAUCGAGCUGUAGCUAACAUCACCUCAGAGAUGAACUGGAUCACUUCACUACUAACAGAGCUUGGUUACAAACCACCUGCAGUCCCAGUUGUGUAUUGUGACAAUAUUGGAGCCACCUAUCUCUGUGCCAACCCGGUUUUUCAUUCUCGAAUGAAACACACGCCUUAG